AAGAUUUCUUUAAUUUAAUUUAAUUUUUUUUCCUGAUAAAACUAUCUUUCUGCCCUUUUCCGUAUAAUUUCUUUGAUCUUUCUUUUGGGGGAGAAUAUUUCAUAUUUGUAGCAGGAUAUUCAGUUUCAGAGCAAAUUCAGUAUCCAGCUAGAGAAGAAGAAGAAGAAGAAGAAGGGAUAAGAAGAAAAUGGUGGAAACAGGACAUCACAACCAUCAACCACCACCGCCAGCACAGACCGCUCCACCGCCUCCUGCGUCACUUGGGUUAUCGAAGGGACCCACUUGGACUCCAGCCGACCAACUCCAACAGCUUCAAUACUGCAUCCACUCGAACCCUUCUUGGCCUGAAACAUGUCUACUGGCUUUCCAGCACUAUAUCGUGAUGCUUGGAAGUAUAGUCUUAAUUGCCAGCACAAUUGUGCCCCGAAUGGGUGGAAACAAUGGUGAUAAAGCCCGUGUCAUUCAAACUCUGUUGUUUAUGGCGGCAGUGAAUACACUGCUUCAGACGUUACUCGGUACCAGACUCCCUACUGUGAUGAAUGCUUCUUUUGCUUUCGUUCUCCCAGUGUUAUCGAUCAUUAAUGAUUACUCUGAUAGAGACUUCACGAAUGAGCACGAGAGGUUUAAGUACACUAUGAGAACUAUUCAAGGAUCACUAAUUGUUGCUUCCUUUGUUAACAUCAUCCUUGGUUAUAGUAGGGCAUGGGGAAAAUUUACAAGAUUCUUUAGUCCAAUUGUCAUUGUCCCUGUGGUUUGUGUGGUUGGGCUUGGUCUGUUCAUGAGGGGAUUUCCACAGCUUGCUAACUGUGUGGAGAUUGGUCUUCCCAUGCUGAUUCUGCUUGUCUUUUUACAGCAGUACUUGAAGAAGAUCCAUCCCAAGGCCCACAUACUUGAGAGGUUUGCUCUACUUUUAUGCGUAGGGAUAAUCUGGGUUUUUGCUGCUAUCCUCACAGCUGCUGGUGCUUACAACAAUGUCGGACAGCAGACUAAACUGAGUUGCCGCACUGAUAGAUCGUACCUUAUGUCAUCUGCCCCAUGGAUUAAAGUUCCAUACCCAUUUCAGUGGGGUACUCCCAUUUUCCAAGCGAGCCAUGUCUUCGGGAUGAUAGGUGCAGCACUUGUUUCGUCUGCAGAGUCAACUGGAACAUUCUUUGCAGCAGCACGGUUUGCUGGUGCUACACACCCUCCAGCGCACGUGUUAAGUCGAAGUGUUGGCCUCCAGGGUAUUGGCUUGCUACUUGAAGGAAUUUUCGGUGCUCCUGUUGGUAGUUCUGCAUCUGUCGAAAAUGUUGGCCUCCUCGGAUUAACACACAUAGGGAGCAGAAGAGUGGUGCAGGUCUCAACUGGAUUCAUGUUUUUCUUCGCUAUCUUUGGAAAAUUUGGUGCCUUCUUCGCUUCAAUCCCUUUGCCGAUAUUUGCUGCCAUAUACUGUGUUUUAUUUGGGAUUGUUGCUGCUAUUGGCAUCUCAUUCAUACAGUUUACAAAUAACAAUUCCUUGAGAAACAUUUAUGUUCUCGGCCUCUCUCUGUUCCUUGGGAUAUCAAUACCACAAUACUUCGUUUCAAACACCUCCCCAGAUGGUCACGGACCAGUUAGAACAGGCGGUGGAUGGUUCAAUGACAUAUUGAAUACCAUCUUCUCAUCACCGCCUACUGUGGCAAUGAUUGUUGGAACGCUGCUUGAUAACACACUUGACCCGGGGCACGCAGGCGACAGAGGACUUCCAUGGUGGAAACCUUUCCAGCAUAUGAAGGGAGAUGUCAGAACGGAGGAGUUCUACAGCCUUCCAGUUAAAAUAUUUGGGUAUAUCCCCACCAGAUUCAUGUGAAUAUAGUCAUGCUGCUUUGUAUACUAUUUACAUACAUGUUUAUGUACAUUAUGAGGUGUGGUUUUUUAAGUUAUUGGAGAAUUGUGUGGUCUUCUCCAAUCCUGUAGAAGUUCCAUUGCUGUUGUAAACUGGGUGGUUUGAUCAUGUCCUUAACUAUUGCUUCAAAGGACAGAUUACAUUGCCAUGGGUCAAGUUUUAGGGUUUAGGAAUGUGCGGGAAAAACUACUGACACAGAAUUUUGGGUUCUCAUUACCAUUGUGAAUUAUAUAGCAUCUUGGCUUCAGCUUUGGUUUAAUAA